AUGGUUGAUGGGACAGGACCUGGCCUCACUUACAUUGAGAGCAAUCACCUCACAGACUUGUACCGAAAAGAAGAGACCAUCAGCGUGGCAGGGAACGGCUGCAUCCACAGUCCUCGCUUCCCCAGCAGCUACCCCAGGAACCUCCUGCUGACGUGGCGGCUCCACUCCCCAGAGAGCACCAGGAUCCAGCUGGCUUUUGAUAAUCAGUUUGGGCUGGAGGAACCCGAAAAUGAGAUCUGCAGGUAUGACUUUGUGGAAGUGGAAGAUGUAUCAGAGACCAGCACAGUUAUUCGAGGACGGUGGUGUGGACACAAGGAAGUACCUCCAAGAAUAACAUCAAGAACAAAUCACAUAAAGAUAACCUUCAAAUCUGAUGACUACUUUGUGGCUAAACCUGGAUUCAAGAUAUGUUACUCUCUUGUGUGUAGCUCGAAAGAGGCAGAUUUUGCAAACACUCAGGAAAUGGAUGAUUUCCAGCAUGCAGCUUCAGAAACCAACUGGGAGUCAGUCACAAGCUCUGUCUCAGGGGUAUCCUAUCCCUCUCCAUCAGUGACUGACCCUACGCUCACGGCAGAAGCACUGGAUCAGACCAUUGCCGCAUUUGACACGGUGGAGGAUCUGCUCAAACACUUUAACCCGGACUCCUGGCAAGAAGAUCUUGAGAACCUGUACACAGACAGUGGGCAUCAUUACCGAGGCAGGAGCUACCAUGACAGGAAGUCCAAAGUUGACCUGGACAGGUUGAAUGAUGAUGUGAAGCGUUACAGCUGCACUCCAAGGAACUACUCUGUCAAUUUAAGGGAGGAGCUGAAGCUGACAAAUGUCGUUUUCUUCCCCCGCUGCCUCCUGGUCCAGCGCUGUGGUGGAAACUGUGGCUGUGGGACUCCAAACUGGAAAUCCUGCACCUGCGUGUCAGGGAAAACGGUGAAAAAAUACCAUGAGGUGCUGAAGUUCACCCCUGAGGCUGGGCAUGCCAGAAGAAGAGGCAAAAUCAGGAACAACAUGUCCUUGGUAGAUAUACAGCUGGAUCACCAUGAGCGUUGUGAUUGUGUCUGCAGUUCAAGACCACCCCGAUAAAAAAGGAAAAGCAAAGAAAUAAAAGAAAAAAGCCAGACACACUAAUUGCAUCUUACUGGACAUUCACUUUCAAGCAGGAUUGCUCUGAGGACCUUUAUACACUAAUCAUUUGAAAUUUGCUACUAGCCUGCCUUUGCAAUUAGCAAAAAUCAUUGCUGUGCUGAUUAAUGUCAUGGCAACUAAACAGAUAUAUCAUACAUUUAUGUAUCAGCAUCCAAGAAUUUAGGAUUGUGGUUAUCUGUAGCUAGAUUCUGAGGGUUGAGAUUUUAAAAGCUCAGUUGCAGUCCUUAGACACACAGUGCCCACUGAAUUUAAAUACCAGGUAUGUAGGUAUUUGUGGUAGCUGGCAGUGAAAUAACAUUGCGUUUGUUUUUCACUCACCAGUUCCUACGCUCAAAUUCUGCUCCUAUUUCUACCUCCUCAGCUCUCUUGAUGAUAGGUAGGGUUUUAUGGUGGGUAUAAAUGAAGAGAGAAUUUGAGCCUGAAGGAGUGCAAAAUGGUUUGCCCCACUCUGGGAGGGAACUUCUGGCCCAACACAGUGAGAUAGAAUGCAUAAAAUCCAUCAUUUCAUGAAACUACACAUCAGUGCAGUCAAAUCUCGCUGUUUGUACUCGAGCAAAUCGUGUGCUGAAAUUAGUAGAUGCUUUGCAUAAGCCAGGACACUGAGGAUGGUAGGGGGUGCAGAGGCUGGUGCUUUUGCCCUGGUAGCUCCAUGGCAGCCAUUGCCCAAGUGUUUCUGCACCAGGGGGCUCCUGCCAGCUCCCCAGGCAGAUGCCUGUGAGCUGGAACUGAUUUUGAUCACUACCUACCUGACCUGGAUCCCUGCCCCUUGCCCAGAGUGGCCCCACAGUUGCCCAGGAGGAGCCCCCUCUACACAAGAAGGAAGAGACAGUUCUCCCCUUGGAUCCUCCUCGCAGCAGUUCGAGGAGCGCUGUGCUUUCCUGUGGAGGAGAUGAAGAUAGGGCACCUGUUUGUUGAAAAUAUUGAUUUGUUUUGCAGUUGUGUUACUGGGAAACAAAACCGUGUUUGAGAUUUAAUUAUCAUUAUUUGGUUUAGGGUUUCUUUAUUUGUUUUUUAACUUUGUCAUAUAUGCAUUAAUCUUAGUUAUCUGAGGUUAGUUGUCUCAUUCCAGCUCUGUGUAUUGCCAUGGUUAAAGUGUUGACAGUGAACUUCUUUUUUUUUUUUUUUUAAUUGCAUUUUGCUGAAGCAUAUUAACUCAUUAAGUAAUGUCUGUCAGUCAUGGAAAAUGUGCAUCAUUUAUUAACUUCCAGAAGAAUAUUAAUAAAUACCACCUCAUAAUAAAUUUAGCACUUUAAAAGCUACAGCAUAGCUUCCUAUGCCUUUUAAACUAUUACAAAAGUGCUCUAGCUGAAAAAAGAAAAGAAAUCCUUCCAAACUAGCUUUAAGGAUUUUCAAAUGCUGCUCCAAAAAUGUAAAAAAUCCAGGCAGAUUUAAGUUUUGCAUAGAAUUGGAGUUUUGAUCAUGAAUGUAACAGAGGGAAUAGGGUGGCACAUUUAAUGGCUGAAGUUUCGUGUGUUAUAAUAGACGUAGGCUGCAUCAAAUCAUCUUGUCUGUGUUGGCUCUUGUCUUUUUGUCUCUGAAAGAGUGAAGUAGGUUGACAAUAAUGCAUUAUAAUUAGUGGACAAUGGCAUGUACUAUAAAGUACAAGGCCUUCAAACCAGUAUGUUUUAGUACUCCACAGGUUUGUUACUAAAGCGCCCUAAUGUUCUCAUUUUCCCUCUUCAUCAGCUCAAGUAUUUUGUAAGUGCUUUUUUUAUCAUUUUAACAAAACUUUGCUGAAAGAUCCCUUAGAAAUGUUGUGUUACUUUCUUUCCUGUACUGUAACCUUGGAGAUUUAGAAAGUGUGGGGGUUUUAUUAUUUAUAUUAAUUUUUCCUCUCUGGCUCCCAGAUGUCUGUUUAAAAAUGCUCCUGAAUGCUUACUUGGGAAGUGAUUCAUCAUUUUCAAAGCAAUUCACAUUUAAAGAGCAGCCCUGUAACCAGAGAUUACCACCUUCAUUUUGUAGUUCAGGACUAUUUAAAGAACAUCUCAUUCUUUUUCUGUCUCUAGAUUAAUAACAAGAUUGACCCAGCCCUUCCAUAAGUUCUAGCUAAGUUUGGAAUAAAUUUGCAUGCAAGACUUGAGCAGUACGGAUUGUUUUUGAGAUACCACACUCCUGUUUGUGUCUC